CCUCCCCGCUUUUCUCGUCGGGGUAUUAUCGAGGUUGCACGCGGGAACUCUGUGCGAGAUGGCGGCCGACACUCCGAUCGUUUAGGACUCUUUUAGUUCCGCUACGCAGUGAACUAUCUGCCUUACCGGAUCCUGCUUCUGUUCCGUCAUGGAAGGGGGUAAACCGAGCCUGGCUCUGGUCUACCAGGCGGUUCAGGCCCUGUACCACGACCCGGACCCGGCCGGGAAGGAACGAGCCUCGCUGUGGCUCGGAGAGCUCCAGAGAUCGAUGUAUGCGUGGGAGAUCUCGGACCAGCUGCUACAGCUCAAACAGGACGUGGAGUCGUGUUACUUCGCAGCUCAGACGAUGAAGAUGAAGAUCCAGACGUCCUUCUACGAACUUCCUCCUGAGACCCACAAUGCACUGCGAGACUCCCUGCUGACCCACAUCCAGAACCUCAAAGACCUGUCGCCCAUCAUCGUCACACAGCUGGCGUUGGCGAUUGCUGACCUCGCUCUUCAGAUGGCUUCCUGGAAAGGAUGUGUUCACACGCUCAUAGAAAAGUACAACAACGACAUCAGCUCCAUGCCAUUCCUUAUCGAGAUCCUGACGGUUCUACCUGAGGAAGUCCACAGCCGAUCUUUACGGAUCGGAGCCAAUCGGAGGACGGAGAUCAUUGAGGACCUGGCAUUUUACUCUAGUACCGUGGUCACGCUGCUGACGUCGUGCGUGGAGAAGACCGGGAGCAAUGAAAAGAUGCUGAUGAAGGUGUUCCGCUGUCUGGGAAGCUGGUUCAACUUGGGAGUUCUGGACAGCAACUUCAUGGCCAGCAACCAGCUGCUGAUGGUUCUGUUCCAAGUUCUGCAGAGGGAUGAAACGUCCACCAACCUCCACGAGGCGGCAUCAGAUUGUGUCUGUUCGGCUCUCUACGCCAUCGAGAAUGUGGACACCAAUAUGGCACUGGCACUGCAGCUCUUCCAAGGCGUCCUGACUCUGGAGACUGCCUACCACAUGGCUGUGGCCCGAGAAGACCUGGACAAAGUUCUAAACUACUGCCGGAUCUUCACCGAACUCUGCGAGACCUUUUUAGAGACUACAGUCAGGAGUCCGGGUCAAGGGAUGGGGGACCUGAGGACACUGGAGCUGCUGCUGAUCUGUGCAGGACACCCACAGUACGAGGUUGUGGAGAUCUCCUUUAACUUCUGGUACCGUCUUGGAGAACAUCUGUAUAAGAUCAAUGACGUGGGUCUUCACACCAUCUUUAGGCCAUACAUCCAGAGACUCCUUCACUGUUUGGCCCGACACUGCCAGCUUGAUCCGGACCACGAGGGAAUUCCAGAGGACACUGAUGACUUUGGGGAGUUUCGGAUGAGAGUUUCAGACCUGGUGAAAGACGUAAUUUUUCUAGUUGGAUCCAUGGAGUGCUUCUCUCAGCUGUAUUCUACGUUAAAAGAUGGGAACCCUCCGUGGGAGGUGACGGAGGCUGUCCUCUUCAUCAUGGCUUCCAUCGCAAAAAGCGUUGACCCUGAAAACAACCCCACGCUGUCGGAGGUUCUGCAGCAGGUGGUGCUUCUUCCAGAAUCCGUCCACAUGGCGGUCCGGUACACCAGCAUCGAGCUGGUGGGAGAGAUGAGCGAAGUCGUGGACAGAAACCCCAGAUUCCUAGAUCCGGUUCUAAACUACCUGAUGAAAGGUCUCAGAGAGAAACCGCUGGCAUCCGCAGCUGCCAAAGCGAUCCACAACAUCUGCUCCGUGUGCCGGGACCACAUGGCCCAGCACUUCCAGGGUCUGCUGGACAUUGCACGUUCUCUGGACUCUUUUGCUCUGUCUACCGAGGCUGCUGUGGGUCUGCUCAAAGGUACAGCCCUGGUUCUGGCCCGACUUCCUUUGGAGAAGAUUGCCGAGUGUCUAAGUGACCUGUGUGCUGUCCAGGUCCUGGCUCUGAGGAAGCUUCUGACCGAAGAAUCCACAAAUGGUAAAUCAGCUGAUCCGACUGUAUGGCUCGACAGAUUGGCUGUCAUCUUCAGGCAUACAAAUCCCAUCGUGGAGAACGGACAGACUCAUCCCUGUCAGAAAGUCAUCCAGGAGAUCUGGCCGGUUUUGUCGGAGACUCUGAACACUCACCAGGCUGACAACCGGAUUGUGGAGCGAUGCUGUCGCUGCCUUAGGUUUGCUGUUCGAUGUGUUGGAAAAGGCUCCGCCUCUUUGCUGCAGCCGCUUGUCACUCAAAUGGUGAAUGUGUACCAGGUGUAUCCGCACUCCUGCUUCCUGUAUCUGGGUAGCAUCCUGGUGGAUGAGUACGGCAUGGAGGAGGGCUGCAGACAGGGGCUGUUGGACAUGCUGCAGGCUCUGUGCAUGCCAACCUUCCAGCUGCUGGAGCAGCCCAACGGUCUGAGGAAUCACCCUGACACUGUGGAUGACCUGUUCAGACUGGCCACCAGGUUUGUCCAGAGGAGUCCUAUCACUUUACUCAGUAGCAGCAUCAUCAUCCACAUCAUCCAGUGCGCCAUCGCUGCCACUUCAUUGGACCACCGGGAUGCCAAUUGCAGCGUCAUGAAGUUUGUGCGAGACCUCAUCCACACUGGAGUGUCCAACGAUCACGAGGAGGACUUCGAGGUGAGGAAGCGUCUGAUUGGUCAGGCCAUGGAGCAACACGGUCAGCAACUGGUCAGUCAGCUGAUGCACUCGUGUUGUUUCUGCCUGCCGCCGUACACACUGCCCGACGUGGCCGAGGUGCUGUGGGAGGUCAUGGUGUUCAACAGGCCUAUGUUUUGUCGCUGGUUGGAAAACGCUCUGAAGGCUUUACCGAAGGAGACGUCAGGAGGAGCCGUGACCGUCACCCACAAACAGCUGACCGACUUCCACAAACAGGUGACCAGUGCUGAGGAGUGUAAACAGGUGUGCUGGGCCAUCAGAGAGUUCACCAGACUGUUCCGGUAGCUGUGACCUUCACACAGCACCAGGUAAAAUCUUUCGUUGACCAAUGUUCAGAGGUGACGGCAAAAAGCUGCAACUGCAGGCGAGGAUCCAAAGGGAUGAAGAAGAGGAUGAGGACAAAUUGCUCUGAAUGACUGAUUAGACAGACUGAGUCCACCCCCACCUGACCUGAUUUCACCUGCAGCAGGUGGUGGUGGUGGGUGGGCGGGGUCAGGACUGGGAGCAGUCCACCUGAUGAUGAUGAUGAUGAUGCGGAUCAGUCCGAGGACGUGCCUGGUCAACAGUUUUUAAGAGAUUUAUUUUUGGGACUUUGGUCGUGAUGUUUUUUUGUCCGUGCCAAUAAAAAGAGCCAAAAAAUUUCCCAUGAUGCUCUUGGCGGAGCCGCUGUGUGAGGAGGCGUAAUGCUGGAGGAUUUUGCGUCACCUUUGACUUUUUUAACUUUGGUUUAAUUUUAGUUGUUUUUGCAUAAAAUGAGACAGAGUGAACUCUGGGUAAGGAGGCGGAGACUCUCACCAUGACAUCACUGGUGAUGUAGCUUUGUUGUAAACAAUAAACAACUGAAACAACAAA